AUCAGUAUUAUGGCGUCCUGUACGGUGGUUGGAUACUCUUUCUAAUCUUCGUAUAUCAAAUGGAAGACAGUUUUUCUCCUACAAAAGAUUCUGCUUUAAUAUUUCGAUUAUCAUCAGAGAAUUAAAUAUACGGUAAAAUGGAAAACUGUGAUAAAGAUUUACGAAAAGCAUCUGAUAUCAGGCAGAUGGCCAUAAUCGGCAAGAUACACAAUAUGCAAUGGCUAAAAAAAAAUUCUCAGUUAUCAGGCCUCACCAAAACACUUCCAGAUGCUAUAGAAUUAACAGAUAAUACAGUUGAAAGUAAUAUAAAUGAAGAAGCAGAAGAAAGAAUUGAGGUUGCUUCAGUUAACAUUGUUUCAACUAGUCCUGAAAUAGAUCAAGUUAAAAACAUUUCAACUAAAAACUUAAAUGAAGAUAACAGUAUUACAAACAAGGAAAAAUUACAUUCAUCAUUAGAAGUUAUUGAUUUAGUUCAAGAGGAGAUGGAGACUGUUUGGAACAAAGAUGUUAAUGUACCUAGUUCGUUGUUUCCAAAUUCUCAGUCUUUGGUUGUGCAAAGACUGGGUGAGCAGGAGAGAAUAAGUAUGACUUUGGCGGAGAGUAUUGUUACAGUUCAAUUAGAUCAAUUUAGGCUUAACGAAGAGGAAGGGAAUAAACCAAACGACUCUCAUAAUGAAGCCGAUAAUGAGUGGGAUGCUGUUGAUCAUAUCUCUAACUUGCCCAAGUCAGAUAAUGACAUAGAUAAUCAAGCAAGUCCAAAACAGUGUCAUGAUAAUAAUAACAAUAAUGCGAAAUCUAAGAGUCAAUCAGCACAGGAAACAAAGAAAAAUGUACAAAAGACGACAAAAAUUAAUACCAAAAAGUUGAAUGAGCAGAAGAUUAAAAAGCAACCAGGCAAUUCUUUAAAAGAACCUUCUAAUAUUUCGAAACAGGGUUCUAAAUCUAAGGAUGAUUUGCUGGAUUUAUGUAAUGAUGAAAAUAAAACAUCAACUUCUACUGCAGAGUCGAAAAAGAUAUCUGUUGCAAUAAGUCCUAAGUUUAAUGAUAAAUAUAGUAAUAAAGUUAAUGGAUAUAAUAAACAGUUGAUUAUUGGAAAAGGAACGCGAACGAAGGAGCAACAAGUUUUUAAACCACAUUUUUCUACAUUUAAUGAUAGUGGUAAUAGUAGCAAAUCCUUCGUAGAAGGAUCUGAUGACAAAACUAAAUGUGUUACUACGAAAUUAAAAGUAUCUAGAAAUGAAUCAGAUAAAAAAGCCAGUGAACUAGAUGAUACAAAAAGGUGUCAUAAAGUUCAAGUGACGCGUACUCAGUCGUAUAAUGUUCAAUAUAACAGAACUAAACCGUUAAUAAAGACACAGCAACGGUAUGUAAAGAAUGUAAACAAACCGGAUGAAGCUACCUCUAUUAAAAGUACAUCCGGCUUUAAUACCACCGCGUCUACUUCAACUGAAAAUUCGUCUAAAAAGAGAUGUGAAAAUCAACAAAGCGUAAUGAAUAAACAAAUUAGCGAUACGCACUCGACCCACAAUAUUUUGGGAAAGAGUAUUAAGAGUCCAAUUGUUCCAGACUCCAGUAUAAGUGAAAGAAGCUCUGCAAAGUCGAGUUCUGUACCAUGUAAACGAAAUUACCAAAAUUUAAGUAACACAAAACAUACUGUUGAAAGGAAUGUCAAAGAUGAUCAAACACAUAGUCAGAAAUUCAAGAGGGAUUCUAAUAUUUACAGACGUUCUUCGUCUGUUGUCUCGGCAUUCUUAAAAGAUUUAAGUGGACAAGCAAAACCAGAGGAUCACAAAAAGAAUGUUACCGAUAACAAUUCAUCAAAGGAUUAUAAAGUGAAACCGAUUAGCAUGGUAGCUAAAGUACAUUGUGAAUCUGAAGGCUCGAAGGUAUCUGUACAUCCGCAUAAGACAAGUAACGGUGCUAGUAAUACAAACAAGACUGAUACAAUAGAUUCAUCUACUCUAAAUAAUGUACAGUCUGUAAAAUCAUUAAAUUCUUGUUCAAACAAUACCAAAGAUUCCGCGACUGUAAAUGUGUCACAAGAACUGCAAGUUUCUCAAGUCUCUUGUAAUAAAACAGAAGUACAAUUCGUGAAGACUGAACAAGAAGAUACUAGUAAUAAUAAUAGCAAUAAUAAAACAAGUACUAGUAAUUCAGAUACCAAAUCAGUUAAAUUCUCAGAUAACGUUCAAGAGAUUAACGUGGCGCAUCGGUCAACACCAUCGCACUCCGAUAAUCAGAUUCAUCAACAUAAGAUAAAUCCAAUUAAUUCGUUUUAUUCCAAUUUACAAGAUACGUCUAACACGAGUAAUGCUCAACAAAUGGAAAAUCAUGAAAGCGUACAAAAUAAGAGUUAUUUCGAUAAUAAUAAUGCUCAAUAUAGUAAUACAAAUAUCAACAUACAACCUACCGAAAGAGAUUUACAUCUGCUAGACAUAGUGCAACAAAAACCUGAACAAACUUCGCAUAUGUCUCCACAGAAUGUAUUGCCACAGAACAAUGGUAGCGCUGCAACAAUUGCAAUGGGAAAUAGUAUACCUUAUCAAAGUAUGCCUGCUAUGUAUUUAAGUCAGUAUAAUAAUACGCAAAAUGUACCAAGGAAAACGGCCGACAGUACAAUCAUUUCUCAGAAUGCGUUAAUUUCAAGUACCUCUUCUUAUAACGUAGAAAGUCAGAACGUUUCACAUAACGAUACUUCCAACGUUCUGAUGCAUAAUACUCAAACAUCUGUUUUACCACCGCCUGGUUUUCAUAAUCAUCCUAUAACUACUCAACAUAAUCAAUGGAAUUUACCGCUUCCAGAUAUGUUUCUUUUUGGAAAUGUGAUGAACUCACCUCCUCCUAUGAACAUGCCGAUACAAAACUCCAGACACGUGUGCAGCACGGAUUUCAACAACAUGCAACAAACUGGCUACCUGCAGCAACCAAUGUUCUACGUUCCACCGAUGUGUAUGCAGAGCUGGAAUCCGUUACUACAGUACCCACCGCCUUUGUUUCAAAAUCCUACAUAUGCUAAUUGUAACACGUAUCCUAAUCAAGUAUUAUCAUCAAAUAAUUUAGUAGAUUCUGUUAAUUGUCCCGUUACAACGUCUGUACACAACAACACGUACAAACAUUUUCAGCCAGUGCAGCAGAUUGAGAAUCCUCCAAAUUUCUCUGUGCCUGUGAAACUCGACAAUUACGUGGGAAACAUGCAGGGGUGCAAGUCGAACAACGUCAGAGUGAAAGAUAACCAGAUGGAUGCUCACAUGAGGGCUAAUCAGUAUCGAGCUCCGGUGCCAAACGAUUAUCAAAAUUGUUCACCAGAUGGUCAACUGAUGUUACCAUUCUCCUAUGGAAUCGCGAUGGAUUCGAUGGCAAGAAAUUGUCCAUCUAACAUGCACGUACAUAUGAGUCAGAAGUAUGCACCGCAUGCCCUAACUACCGCUAAUUAUCAGAGAAUGCCAGAUACAUGUUCAGCAUACCAAAACAAUCAGGACUCGAACAAUAGAAAGGAUGACGUAUCGAAAAACGAUUCGGAAUGUAUACCACCGAUGGUAUCGCCAAGGGAGUGUAUGUAUUACGGAGUUAAUUACUCCCGCAAGAGUGAUAACGUACAGAACUCAUCCAUGCGAUCGGAUGUGAAACCCGUUGCUUACAAUAUCCAUUCGGUAAACACUCAACAUUACGUUCCGCAAUUUCAAAGGAACACCUCUUACCAGAACGCGUCACCGAAAGAACUUACAUCCAGGGUAACCAUAGGUCGUGGUAUACGGAAAACGAUGGAUCAGUAAGCGUAAAAUAGCGACGAAGCUAUAUCUAUAUUUGUUGUUUUUUAUAGAUCAUUGCAAUUCAGUGGUACAAAAACCGUUACACUUACAAUUAUUCAUCCGUUUGUAUAAUCAUCGUUAAUCUUUAUAUAUGUACGUAUAUUGCAGAAUUAAUUCAGGUAUUUAGUUUUCUUUCUGUUUAAUUAAUCUAGAAUCUACUUAUAUAUAGAUACACACAAAAAUAUCAUGUACAUCGUGUUAGAUGUUUCACAUUACUAGAGAUAGUUUCUAAAGUUGAAAAAGAUGUAAAAGAAAAUUUAUACGAUACUGCCAUUCGUCGGAAAUAUUAUUACAAUUAGCUUUUUCUGGUUUCCUAUCAUAACAGUGUGAAAGUAGCGAAUCUAUUUUCUAGAUUUUCUUCAGACAUUUAUAUCCACAUUGCUAUAGAGAUCGAUGUUACUCGUUACUUGGAUUCUAUGUACUUUUUGAAUAACGAAUACUCGAGUACUCGUUUCGAGGUGUUUCGCGAUGCUUAAGAAACGCGAAACGGCAAUGCACGAUAUUUAAGUGCAAAAAUUCUCGAGAGAACACUUUUUUAAGUUCCUAUGAUCGAAAGUAUUACGACCACUUAGCAUUUAGUUCGCGUUACGAAAAUUUUCCUUUCGUUUUUCCUUUUCUUUAAAAAAUUAUUGAAACGAGAAAAAAAAAAAUGUUGCGUGUUAAGUAUAAGUAUUUCAUAGCGUCGAAUCAUUUGAUUUUUAUGACUUAACGUCGAUAACAUGAUUUUCUUUACAUUUGUUCAAUUUUCUUCCUUUUAUUUGUUUAUGUUUCAUUUAGAGGCAAAGAAUUUUUAUAUAACGUAUAUAUUCGAGCGUAACGAUUUAUUUUUGUUUAAAUAUUACUUAUAUUGUUAAGAAAUAUCAUAUAGUUUAUUUUUCGAGGACUUACAAGUUUUUACAAAAUAAAACGUAAACUUGCCGUAAUUGGUAGAUGUUAUAUAUAUAUAUAUAUACAUUAUACUAUAAUCCCUCAACAUAUUCUGAUAUGCAUUUAUAACCACAGUAUUAUUCUUUCAUCUCUAUUAAGAAAUGCACGUGUCAAUAGUCUUUUUAAAAUAGAAAAAAAAAGCAAGUAAUUUCUUAUGAACUAUAUCAUUGCUGAUCGAUUCGUAUAUCUUUAUAAAAAGUUACAGAAACGUACGAAUUAUCAUACAAUUCAAAUACAUAUAUUAUAUAUAUAAAUAUAUAUAUACACACACAUCAUAAAUAACACGUUAAUAUUCAUUACGAUUUUAUACGAUAUCGUUGAUAGUCUUAUAACUCGAUUUCCACUAUACAAUUAAAAAGAGAACUGCAAACGAUGAACUAGCAGGAAUUUUUAAUACUCUUCUUUCUUCUAAUUCCAAUUUACAUCGAUCAACUUGUUGCAAUGAUUUCAAAGUUUCGUACUCGUAUGCUCGUUCUUGGUAGCACUGGUAGGCUUUCCAUUCGACAUAUCUAAUAGUUCAGCACCGAUUUCUCGAGUUCGUUUGAUCGUGUUCCAUUCUUUCAAAGCAGAUAUCAUUUCAGCAUCAGUAUUGACCACUCUGAUCGUUUCCUCAGAGAGCGAUUGGAUGCUCCUUAAAACUUCCUUGGAAGGUCGUAACAGUAUCAGGUUAUGAUUCUUCUCCUUAAAGUCUCUCAUUACCAUAUUCAGUCCCUGUAAACGUUAGAAAUCGAAGGUUCAAACGAAAUCACGAAAUGUGUUCAAAUCUGUCCUAGAUUUUACGUCUCCGAUCGUACGUUCUAUUUUUUCUUCGUUAUUCUUAUAAAAUGAAUAGAGUAAUGAUCGAAAGCGAGGAUCGAUCUAGUUUCGUUCGAUGAAAUAGUAACGAUGAUAUUUUUGAUUAAUUCAGAUAGAAACGAAAGAGAAGGCUCGGAGAUGUAAAAUCCAGGGCAUAUUCGAAAUUUCUUUCUUUAAGAUGAAAGAUCGUUACAUUAGCCGCGGUGUAAUCAAUUUUAUCGAUGUGUUUGCAAUCUAACACGACCACGUUCGAGUUCUUGAAGGUUCUCUGUAAUUUAUGCUGGUCAGCGGCCAAGUUCUCGAGCAAGUAUAUCCUCAGGUACUCCACUGCUGGGAAAAGCAAACCGGCGCUGGGCUGCACGAGGAUGUAACUUAACGUAGGCGUCUACACCGAAGAAAAAGAAGAUGGAACAAAGCAAAGGGAUAUUUUUAAAACUAGCUAUCUUUCAGAAUCUUCGUCGAUCAUUGUUAUGUACUUACAUUUCUGUAUUCGAUAUAUAUUGUCGGCCUGGCGUUGAAAUAAAUUAAUAUUGCCAGAUCAA